CUUCUUCAUCAACCACACACUCACUCUUAAAUUACUUUACAUUCUCUUCUUCAUUAUCAACAUAUUUAUAACAAUCAUGGCCGUCUUCACUUUUGAGGAUGAAAUCACCUCCACCGUCCCCCCUGCUAAGCUUUACAAUGCUAUGAAGGAUGCCGACUCCAUCACCCCUAAGAUUAUUGAUGACGUCAAGAGUGUUGAAAUUGUUGAGGGAAACGGUGGUCCCGGAACCAUCAAGAAACUCACCAUUGUCGAGGAUGGAGAAACCAAGUUUAUCUUGCACAAGGUGGAGGCAAUAGAUGAGGCUAACUAUGCAUACAACUACAGCGUUGUUGGAGGAGUGGCUCUGCCUCCUACGGCGGAGAAGAUAACAUUUGAGACAAAGCUAGUUGAAGGACCCAACGGAGGAUCCAUUGGGAAGUUGAGUGUGAAGUUCCACUCGAAAGGAGAUGCAAAGCCAGAUGAGGAAGCCAUGAAGAAGGGGAAGGCCAAGGGUGAAGCUCUCUUCAAGGCUAUUGAGGGUUACGUUUUGGCCAACCCUGCUCUCUAUUGAUUACAACAACAUCAUCAAUUCUAUGUUGUUCAAUGUUGCAUGUUACUUAUACCAACCAAAUUUGUGUGCUUCAUUUCUAAUAAGCAGGUAAAAACUCAGGUGAAAUCGACUUCACGUGAAGUUAAUAUCUGAGAAACUGUUAGAUGAAAAUUUAGUCAAGUCAAAUCAGUCAAAUCAUCUAACGGUUUUUAAGUAUCAAUUUCACGAAAAGUCAACUGCACUUGAGUUUUCACCUAAUAAGCGUGUCCCCUUUAUUAAUUUUCUUUUA